GAGCGGAACAGGCUGAAGGGCUCGCACCAAAACCUACACAAUGGACCUCUGCAAAGUGGCGCUGUUUACUCUCCUCUCCUCUUUUUGCAACGUUUUGGCGCUUUCAUCAAAAGGCGUGUGUCUGCUUCAAGUGGACGAGGGACCCUGCAGAGCGGAUAUCGAGCGCUUUUACUACAACACGAUCACACAGAAGUGCGAGAUCUUCUACUAUGGAGGAUGCCAAGGGAAUGACAACAACUUCAAGACUUACCAGGAGUGCCAGAAGACGUGUUUCAGAAUACCAAAGGUUCCCCAAAUCUGCAGGUUCCCUAAAGACGAGGGACCCUGCCGUGCCCUCUUCCCACGUUACUUCUUCAACAUGACCACCAUGCAGUGCGAGCCCUUCUACUAUGGCGGCUGCCAGGGGAACGAUAACCGCUUCCAGGACCUCGCCUCGUGCAAGGAGUACUGCAGUCCCAAAAAAACUGUCCCUGUGCUGUGCCUGGAUCCUCUGGACAAAGGGAAGUGCUCGGCCUCCAUCACUCGGUAUUACUACAACACAGCCACCAAGAUGUGUGAAGAGUUCGUCUACUCGGGCUGCGGAGGGAGCAGCAACAACUUCGUGUCGCGGCAGAGCUGCAUGGACGUGUGUGUUACAGGAGGGAAAAAGCACACGGCACAAGUCAAAGGCCGACGGAUGAGGCGGAACAGGCACAACCACAUCACGUUCCGGCGGGCGUAGACCUCUGACAGACGAUUUCAUGUCAGCAGUCCUCACUCGGACCAGAUCCUCACAGAAAGCUAACAUGUAGUAGUUUAUGUUAAAGACAUCGACCAGGUCAAUUUGCUGUGAAAGAAGGAGCCUUCACACACAAUUUUGGCUGGACUUGUAACGCCUUAUGAACAUUUCUUCAAAUGUGAUUUCAUUCUAUGCUGUCCAUGAAGUUUGUUACUACUGCACUAUUGUUCUCGACUGUGUUUUUUUUGAUACUGUAAUGUACGUUU